GCAAUCGAUUUCCCAAAGAGACCAGUUUGGGAUUAUUCAAUGACUAAAGAAGAAUUGGAAGUUCGAGAAGAAGAAAGUUUCAAGGCCUGGAUGGCUGAUAUUGAAACAAGAUAUGGUCAUCAAGAAGAUGGGCGUGAACUUAGCUGGUAUGAACAUAACCUUGAAGUGUGGCGUCAAUUAUGGCGUGUAUUGGAGAUCAGUGAUAUUGUGCUCGUAAUUAUGGAUAUUCGUCAUCCAUUGCUGCACUUUCCGUGCGCCCUGUACGAAUACAUCACAAAGGAUCUUAAACGUAAGAUGGUUGGGGUAUUUAACAAGGUUGAUUUGGUUUCAAAAUUCACAGAAUUUGCCUGGCGUAAAUACUUUGAGGAGCAAUUUCCUCAACUUCAUCUGGCUACCUUUAGCUAUGAAAGUGAGGAAGAAGAGGAAGAGGAAGAUGGUGUUUGCCAUGAGAGAAAAUCUCGCCGCAGUAAUGAUCAAGAUUGUGAUGAGGAUGGCAAUGAAAGUGAUACCGGGAGCAUGGAUGGAUUAGGUAAGAGUAACAAACAAAAAACGAUAUCAUUAAAUCAAGUAAUAAUAAUUAAAAUAACCAUAACAAACAUAAUUGCUCUGCUUUUUUUCUUUGCUAAAGAGGACGAAUUCAGUCAAAUAAUGGAGGUCACCGCACGAGAGAUUACACCUCACAGGGAUUAUGUAACAAUUGGUUUGGUGGGACAUCCGAACGUUGGUAAAAGUAGUCUUAUAAACAGUAUUAUGGGAAAGACGGUCGUGAGUGCCAGUCGACACACCAAGCACUUCCAGACCAUCCAUUUGACUGGCAAUGUCCGUCUGUGCGACUCUCCGGGCUUAGUAUUUCCAACUCUCCUUCCACGUGCACUCCAGGUUCUUUCUGGCAUGUAUCCGAUUGCCCAGGUACAAGAACCAUAUAGUGUAGUGCAAUAUCUAGCCGAACGCAUUCCAUUAGAAAAAAUCCUCUCGCUCAGUCCACCAAAUCUUGACAAAAACCAUGCCUGGUCUGCAUGGUCUAUUUGCGAAGCAUAUGCUGAACAGCGCGGGUUCUACACUGCAAAGGCUGCCAGACCCGAUGUCUACCGAGCUGCCAAUGCUCUUUUAAGAUUUGCCAAUGACGGACGCUUGCUUCUCUCUUUCAAGCCCGCCGGGUUCCUGACUAGCACCAAAUACGAACGUCUUCAGGUAGAAGAAGCAGAUCGGCAGGCCAGACAAGAGGAAGAGGAAGAGGAAGAGGAAGAAGAGUCAGAUGAUGGUGGGUACAACAGAGGAAACCGAAUUCGUGUUGGAGGCGCCUUUGAUUUAUUGGCAGAAGAAGAGUAG